UCAGUCGGUUGGUAUCAAAACGAUUCCAGCCAGGACUCGAAUCAGUCAGAAACCUUUCGGACAGCGUUGUGUGCGGGUUUGUGGAAGGAUAUAUUGUCGAAACGGAGCUGACUUAGCAGGAAACUGUGUGUCUGAAGAAAUUUGGUUGUUGGACAUUUUUUUAGAGAAGAGACAUACAUUGCUUGUGUGCGGUGGACAAAUAGUGUGAUGGUUGCGUAAAAGGAACGAAAGGUGUGAAGGGACAUCCAGCAGAGAGUUUACAAAGGACUUCCGGGAAUUUAUCAUCAUCUAUUAUUAAGUUAAACUCAGUGAGGACAUUUGUUGGAAAAUAUUUGGACAUUGGUUGAAAAAGUGUAAAGUGUUAACGGUAACCCACGAACAUUCGAUAACGGAACACUAAGAACAAUGGCUCAUAAUAUGGAUCUAGUGUGCAAAGAGAUCAUCUACGACGAAGUUGAUAGUCGGUAUGCCGAGCCGGACCCGACAAUGGUUGCCGAUAUUCGGGUCAUUCAUAACUUGCUCAGUUUAGAGCGGCUGACGAUCCCGGCCUGCAAUUACUUCGGAUCGAUUCAGCAGGAUAUUAAGCCCAACAUGCGCAAGAUUGUGGCCACCUGGAUGUUGGAGGUUUGCGACGAGCAGAAGUGCGAGGAACAAACCUUUCCGCUUGCGAUCAACUUCUUCGAUCGUUUUCUGUGUGUCUGCCCGAUUGAUCGCUACCACCUGCAACUGCUCGGAUGCUGCGCAUUGCUACUGGCCUCCAAGAUCCGUCAGUGUCAUCCACUGACAGUGGAUGUGCUAAGCGCCUACACCGAUCACGCCGUCUCGCCCGAACAGAUCAGAAGCUGGGAGCUGCUGAUGAUCAGCAAGCUCGAGUGGAACAUCACCGCCGUGACGGCGUUCGAUUUCGUCGACCAAAUCCUGGAACGCGUCAAAUGGGGCUCGGAUGACUCCCGGCUGCGCGAACACUCACACACCCUCAUCCACGUCUGCAGUACCGAAACAAUCUUUAUGCAGCUAGAACCCUCCCUGCUGGCGGCGGGUUGCAUCGCAUCCGCCAGCCGUGGACUGAACGUAUCCUCCAAGCUGGCCGUUGGGUACGAUCUGUGUCGGUUCACCCUGCACGAUCUGACCAAGAUCGAUUUCGUGGUGAAAGUCGUCGAGGAGAUUGUCGCCAAGGAAAUCUCCGAAAAGCAGAUCCAGCAGCAGCAGCAGCAAAUGUGCGCCGCCACCAAUGGCAGCUGCAAGGACCAAUACCAGCAAGCGCCGCAGAAGGUCAGCUCCAGUGGGGCGACGAACCCCAAAGAGCAGCAGCCCGAGACUCCCACCGAUGUGCAGUUCAUAUACUUCUAAAUGGCGGCGCAAUUCGAACACCACGCGGCAACAACGGUUACAUAAACGGGGUGGGGAACGGGUCUCUGUUGAGAAUUUUUUUAUUGCCUUUUGCCUGAUUCUAAGUACUGUUGAAAUUGCAUUUGAUCUAUACUAGACUUAAGUUGUUCCUCGCGUUUUGAGGAAUCUGCCAAAAAGUGACAAUUAGAACCACGCGCUAGAAAGGAGAAAUAAUUAAAUUUAUUGGAAUGCAGGCGCUAUCCGUCAUCCGGAACGACGAUACGGGCCGUAAAGUGUUGAUUCACACUGAUUUCAACCGGCUAGUUUUAAGAACCAGUGCCAUCCAUCAAACGCUUUACCCCAAAGACUUUUCGGAUUUGACGUUGCUUAUCUUUAGAAUGAUCGAAACGUGGUAUUUUUCAGAAAGGGAAAUUUUCUCACAAAAUGAGAUUAUGGUGCGAAAGGAUAGUUUACUGUUUACACUUUCUAUUUUUUCUUUUGCCCUAGCUUAAAUAAUCACUCUUUUGAAGUUUCUAGAAUCUAUACUGUUCAUGAUGUACUUCUUUCACCUAUUUGAAAAUACCCCAACCCAAGUAUGUGAGCGAGUCUCACCUAGUGUAAUGUUUAUUUAAUGUAGAAUGUACCUAUACAAGAAAGUUUGUUAACUUAUUUAUUUAUAUUUACCACUUAGUGCUUUCUUAGUAUUCGAUAAGCCUUUCCUGCGAGUCGGGAAGAUUAUCCCAUUUUUUUAAGUGCUCGAGUCAUCGAGGACUCGUUUUUUUCACUCCACUAAGCAGUAGGGUAAAGCUAGCGAAUGUACUGCCAAAGAUUAAUUAGAGCCACCAAUGCGCGAGUGAGGAGCCAUAUUUUCACACCCACCCAAACAAUCAUUGGAGAAAAAAAAUCCAAGAUAGUGCUUAGUUUUUUUAGGGGACCAACAUUCGAUCUCAUUAAAAUUUAACAAUUGUGUACAAAUGCAACACGAACAGAGCACAUGGUAGGAGGAUCUCUUUUGUUUUGGAAAAUUGUAUAUAUAGUCGAAUUCUUGGCAAGAAAGAGAAUACGCGUUGGCUGCAUUGGAAACAAGUGCUACUUAAAACAGAAACAAACAAACAAAAGAAUAAGAAAGCAAAGAUAUAGAAAUCAUGUUGAAAAAGUUUAGGGAAAAGUUUUUGUUUUGUUUUUCUUUUACCGAGCGAACUUUUUUCACACCCUUUUUUGGACGAUUUUUUUGUAUUUGCUCUAUUAACUGUUAAUCUAGUCUUAAAUAAGAGAAAUUUAUAUUAAUUUAUACAAAGGAAACUAACGUACAGAAGUUUAAAAUAAAUGAAAGAAAUGUGAGCAUUCGCUGAAAUCAAUGAUUCGUUGCUGGAAUUUUGUGAGCUUUCUUCGGCGUUGGUGAUAAGGCGGAUCAAGAUCGACGGGAAGAACGAGGGGAAAUAUUGGUUGAAAUUUACUUGGAGAGCGAGAGUUUUACCGAUUCUGAUAAUUCCGCUGGCCGCGUAUUAUUUAAAAUGACAGAAUGUGUACAUAUCUUGUAUCGAUGAAUCGCUGUUUUGUCAACGUAUUAUUUACUGUGAAUAAAUAAAAUUUGAGAAACACAUGAAA